ACAGUCUCGCCUGCUGACCAGUUGUCAAGACGAUGCCAACACCGUGGGCUGAGAGCGCCGACUUGGUGGCUCGCUUCCGCGCGCUCGACAGCGCCGGCGUUGUCGGCGACGCGCUGGUGCCAUCAUCGCCGCCGCCGCCCGCCACGGCGCGCCUCGACACCCAUGGCCUCGUGUGGUCGGACCUCACGGCGCUCGCCAAGGAGGCGCUGCUCUGGGACAUGGGCCUUGUCCGCGCGAGCACAUUCCCGGACGACGUCGCCCAAGUGUACACGGCAUGCGCCGGUACGAGCAACAUGGGCGACUCGAUGGCGUCGAUCGCGGUCUCGGAAGCCGCCUUCUUGGCGUCGCAGGCGAAUGCGACCGUCCGCGCCUGCGCGGGCGCCGACGGCAACUACAGCCGACAAGAGAACGCCCAUGGCAUGUUCCUCGGCAAAGUCGUCAAGUGCGCGGUGCCACUGCUGCCCGACACGACGACGCCCAACAGCUACGCGAGCAUGUGGGCCCAAGACGGCCUCGACGCGACGACCGUGCCGGACCCACGCCUUUGGCGCCACGAGUGGCACAGCAUCGGCUUUCCCAGCUUUCUCCUCUAUGCGAUUCACACGGUACCCGCGCAGUUUGCCGAGACCGCGUGGGGCAAGUGUCCGUCGGCGACGUCGCCCGGCUCGCUCAUCGUGCCAUGCACCGUGUACAAGCCAAGCAACUACUCGAGCAUGGUGUUUUCGCCGCCGAAUGUCGAGUGGUGUCUGCCGCGCCCGUCGACGGCCAUGGACGCGUGGCUCGCUGCAAUCCACGACGCCAAGACCCACCGAGACACGCCCGACCCCGCUUCUUGCUGCUGGGGCUGA